AUGGCGGGCAACACCACCGGGAGCACACCGGCCCACGCCCAGUCCUCGCUCCCCUCGCUCCCCGCGCACCUUCAGUCGGAUACGCAUCUGACAGCCCAUUUGGCAAGCCGCUUUCACGUCGGACUUCCCACUGCUCGUCUGUCAUCUCAAGCAUUGAUCUCGUUCAACACGUACACAUCAGCUACAAAAGGCCCGGACGGAGAGAAGGAAGGUAGCGCUGCUGGAGAGGCUGAGGAUCUUGCUCGUCGUGCGUUCACUCGGUUAGGUGUACGCGGGGAGAAUCAAGCCGUUGUGUUUCUGGGAGAGAGUGGCUCGGGUAAAACGACCAUUCGCUCACACUUACUCUCCUCGUUUCUCUCCUAUUCAUCAACACCGCUGUCCUCCAAGCUGUCCUACGCAGCCUUUGUUUUCGACACCCUAACCACCACCAAAUCAGUUACUACUCCUACCGCUUCUAAGGCUGGUCUUUUCUUGGAGCUACAGUACGAUGGAUCAUCAACGGUCAACCCGACUUUAAUUGGCGGUAAAAUUAUCGACUAUCGACUGGAGCGCAGUCGCAUCUCGUCUGUACCAACUGGGGAGCGCAGCUUCCAUGCGCUUUACUACUUGUUGGCUGGAACUAGUGCCGCCGAAAAGGCUCACUUGGGCUUCGAUAAUUCCACUCAUAUCACCACGGCAGGUGGGAAACUCUCAUCCGAGGCUGGCCACAAGCGAUGGCGUUAUCUUGGUCAUCCAACGCAGCUGAAAGUUGGGGUCAAUGAUCAUGAGGGUUUCCAGCACUUUAAGACUGCCCUGAGGAAACUCGAAUUCUCGCGCGGUGAAAUUGCGGAAAUCUGUCAGAUUCUGGCCAGUAUCCUGCACAUUGGCCAAUUGGAAUUUGUUUCGGGACACACAACCAUGACCGCCGCUGAGGAGAGUGGUGGUUAUUCUCACGAAGGAGGAGAGACAGUCACCGUUGUGAAAAACAAAGAUGCUCUUGGCAAUGUUGCCGCUUUCCUGGGCCUGAGUGCGGAAGCUCUCGAGAACAGCUUAGGCUACAAAACUAAGACUAUUCAUCGGGAGCGGGUGACUGUCAUGCUGGACCCUCGAGGAGCUCGAGAGAAUGCAGAUUCUUUUGCAAAGUCAAUCUAUUCCCUCCUCGUCACCUACGUUAUCGAAAGUGUGAACCAGAAGUUGUGCGCUGCCGAGGACAGCGUGGUGAACACGAUUUCAAUCGUUGAUUUCCCCGGCUUCGCUCAAGCUCCAGCCACUGGAUCCACGCUCGAUCAGCUUUUGAGUAAUGCAGCAACUGAGUCUCUCUACAAUUACUGCCUGCAAUCGUUCUUUGAUAACAAAGCAGAUAUCCUCGACCGAGAAGAGAUCAGCGUUCCAGCAACAAGCUACUUUGACAACACCGAUACUGUUCGUGGCCUUUUGAAGAGUGGCAAUGGCCUUCUAAGCAUUCUAGACGAUCAAACUCGACGUGGCCGAAGUGACGCCCAAUUCCUUGAGAGCGUCCGACGACGCUUCGAGGGCAAAAAUCCAGCAAUCUCUGUGGAUGGUGGAAACACAGUUGGCACCGGGUACCUUUCGCAGGCUCGCACGGCGUUUACCGUCAAACAUUUCGCUGGCGAGGUUGACUAUUCUGUCACUGGUCUCAUCGAGGAGAAUGGAGAGGUGCUGUCGGGAGAUCUCAUGAAUCUCAUGAAGUCUACUCGAAGUGACUUCGUUCGCGAGCUCUUUGGGCAGGAGGCGCUGCAGACCGUGUCUCAUCCUCGCGAAAAGACUACAAUCGUGCAAGCCCAGGUAUCAUCGAAGCCUUUGCGGAUGCCUAGUAUGGCCCGCCGCAAGCACGAUCAGCAGGCUCGUCAACUGUUUGCUGAUCGCGCCGAAAGUGAAGACGCAGAUGAUCACGACAGUCAGGCCGCCAGCUCCCGGCGGAGUAUUGCUGGUCGGAAGGAUCGACUGGUGGCGGGUCAAUCUCAGGGUGCUGCGGGCCAGUUCCUUUCUGGUCUCGAAAUCAUCAACAAGAGUCUCAGCGCCCCGAACCUCAAUCCCUAUUUUGUGAUCUGCCUCAAACCAAAUGAUCGUCGCAUUGCCAAUCAGUUCGACAGCAAAUGUGUGCGCAUGCAGGUACAAACAUUCGGCAUUGCCGAAAUCAGCUCACGAUUGAGAAACGCCGACUUCACUGUCUUCUUACCGUUCGCUGAGUUCCUCGGCCUGGCCGAAAUCGGCAAUGUUGUUGUGGGAAGUGAUCGUGAGAAGGCCGAGGUGGUCUUGGAUGAAAGACGAUGGCCGAGUAACGAGGCUCGAGUGGGAAGCACUGGAGUUUUCUUGAGUGAGCGGUGCUGGGCCGACUUGGCCAAGAUUGGUGAAAGGGUAGCGCCUACCUACGGCAGGAUCGUCGGCUCUGACGAAGGAGAUGUAGGAUUCCAGCCCGGCGGUGCAGACACCAAGGUUCGCCUACUGAAUCCUGCAGAUCAGUCUCCUGGGGCGUACAUUUACGGGGACGAGUCUAAAGGAGGCGGCUACUUUGGCAGCCGGGAGCUUGAUGGCAAGUCCGAUGCCGGCGCCUCGGCUUUCAACUCGGGCGACAUGUUCCGCAACCUGGAAACACGCGAGGAGAUGUUGCAGAAAGGUAAUGAGAAGAAUAUGGAGGAAGUCGACGAUGUCCCAGUUUCUGGGUCCCGGAAACGGUGGAUGUUCCUGGUCUACCUCCUGACCUUCUAUAUCCCCGAUUUCUUGAUCAAAUGGAUCGGCCGCAUGAAGCGUAAGGAUGUUCGAACGGCCUGGCGUGAGAAGCUCGCGAUUAACAUGAUCAUUUGGUUUGCUUGCGCCGUCGCCGUGUUCAUGAUUGUCGCCUUCCCUGGCCUGGUCUGUCCGACACAACACGUCUAUUCCAAGGGAGAACUGAGCAGCCACAAUGGCCAAGAUGGCCAGAACUCCUUCAUUGCUAUUCGUGGUGUGGUCUUCAAUCUGGGAGACUUCAUACCGUACCAUUACCCUGAUAUCGUGCCGCAGAAGGCUCUCAAAAAUUAUGCCGGUACCGAUGCCACCAACCUCUUUCCUGUUCAGGUCUCGGCUUUGUGUCAAGGUGUGGAUGGUAAAGUCGAUCCGAGUGUUCCUCUGGAUUAUCGGUCCAACAUGAAUGACUCAAGUUCUCUCGUUUCAAGCGCCGACUAUGACAUCAAUGCCAAAUAUCAUGAUUUCCGCAGCUGGACUUCAGAUCCUCGUCCUGAUUGGUUCUACGAGCAAAUGGUCAUGCUGCGGGCUAAUUACAAAAAAGGAUACCUGGGAUUCACCGACAAAUACAUGAAGCAGCUCGCUGAUCAAGAUGGCAAGAAUAUCGUCAGCAUUGACGGCAAGGUCUACGAUAUGACUUACUACAUUGCUGGGCCUCGGGUUCCCCGGUUCCCUAAGAAUGUGACCCCCAAGAGUGAUGUCAACACCAAUUACAUGAGCCCACUUCUUGUCAGUCUUUUCCAGCAGAAGGCCGGCACCGAUGUCACAAAGUACUGGAACGAUCUCCAAAUCGAUCCUACCACGCGGUCGCACAUGCAGCUGUGCCUUGAUAAUCUCUUCUUCGUCGGCCACGUUGACACUCGUAACUCGGCCCGGUGUCAAUUCGCUCAAUACUUCAUUCUUGCUAUCUCGGUCAUGAUCUGUUUGAUCAUCGUCUUCAAAUUCUUUGCUGCUUUGCAGUUUGGCAAAAAGAAUCUGCCCGAGAAUCUCGACAAGUUCAUUAUCUGUCAAGUGCCUGCGUAUACCGAAGAUGAAGAUUCUCUGCGUCGUGCGAUUGAUUCAAUGGCUCGUAUGCGAUAUGACGACAAGCGCAAACUUCUUUUGGUCAUUUGCGAUGGUAUGAUCAUUGGUCAGGGUAACGACCGACCUACUCCUCGCAUCGUUCUAGACAUUCUUGGUGUUCCCGAGUCAGUCGAUCCCGAGCCACUUAGCUUUGAAAGCUUAGGCGAGGGUAUGAAGCAGCACAACAUGGCGAAGAUUUACUCUGGUUUAUACGAGGUACAGGGCCACAUCGUACCCUACUUGGUAGUCGUCAAGGUUGGCAAGCCGUCUGAAGUCUCUCGUCCUGGCAAUCGUGGUAAGCGUGACUCACAAAUGGUCCUGAUGCGCUUCCUGAACCGCGUUCAUUACAAUCUCCCAAUGAGCCCCAUGGAGCUCGAGAUGCAUCACCAGAUUCGAAAUAUCAUUGGAGUCAACCCGACGUUCUAUGAGUACAUUCUGCAGGUUGAUGCCGACACGGUUGUGGCCCAAGAUUCUGCAACGCGCUUCGUUUCUGCUUUCUUGUCUGAUGUGCGGCUUAUCGCCGCUUGCGGUGAGACGUCGCUCUCGAACGCCAAAACUUCUAUCAUCACCAUGAUUCAAGUCUACGAAUACUACAUCUCGCACAAUCUGACGAAGGCUUUCGAGAGUCUGUUCGGUUCGGUCACCUGCUUACCUGGAUGCUUCAGUAUGUAUCGCGUUCGCUCAGCGGAAAGCGGUAAGCCUCUCUUUGUGAGCAAGGAGAUUGUUGAGAGUUACUCUGAGAUUCGUGUGGACACGCUCCACAUGAAGAACCUGCUUCAUCUGGGUGAAGAUCGUUAUUUGACCACCCUACUUCUCAAGCAUCAUCCCAAGUUCAAGACUAAGUACAUCUUCCGCUGUCAUGCUUGGACCGUGGCACCAGAGAGUUUUACUGUCUUCUUAUCGCAGCGUCGUCGCUGGAUCAACUCAACCGUGCACAACUUGAUUGAACUCAUUCCAUUGCAACAACUGUGUGGUUUCUGCUGCUUCAGUAUGCGCUUCGUCGUCUUUGUCGACCUGCUCAGCACUAUCAUCCAGCCGGUCACUGUCGCGUACAUCAUCUAUCUGAUCGUUUGGCUCGUGCGUGAUCCAUCAAUGGUGCCAUGGAUUGCAUUCGUCUUGCUUGGUGUCAUUUAUGGUUUGCAAGCGUUCAUUUUCAUUAUGCGUCGCAAGUGGGAGAUGAUUGGCUGGAUGAUCAUCUACGUCUUCGCCAUUCCCGUGUUCAGUCUUGCCCUUCCUCUCUAUUCUUUCUGGCACAUGGAUGAUUUCUCCUGGGGUAACACUCGUAUCAUCACUGGAGAGAAGGGUCGCAAGGUGGUAAUUUCAGAUGAAGGCAAAUUUGACCCAGCAUCUAUUCCCAAGAAGCGCUGGGAGGAGUACCAAAUGGAGCUAUGGGAGGCACAGGAGGGUCAAACUUCCCGUGAUGAUCGGUCUGAGAUGUCCGGCUAUUCCUAUGGCACACGUGCGCAUCCGUUCGCUCAAUCCGAAUACGGUUACGCAGCUUCGCGGCCGGUUUCUCAGCUUGAUCUACCACUUCUUGCAUCCGGAUCUCGUAUGUCUCUGGCACCUUCAGAGAUGAUGAGCCACCAUUUGGAUACCGAUAUGAGCAUGGAGGACCUGAGCCACCUCCCUAGUGACGAUGCGAUUCUCGCUGAAAUUCGGGAGAUCCUACGCACGGCUGACUUGAUGACUGUCACCAAGAAGAGCAUCAAGCAGGAGCUUGAGCGUCGAUUCGGCGUCAACUUAGACAUGAAGAGGCCAUACAUUAAUUCAGCAACUGAAGCAGUCCUCUCCGGCCUUCUCUGA